AUGACACAGAUGAUGUCAAAAGUCUUCUUAAUUCAGCUACUGGUAAAAACUCGCUAUCAUCAGAAAGUAAAGACUCAAAUGAGUCAUGUAGUGGCUCUGUACUUGAAAGAAAUGGAUGCCUUACUUGAGGAUGAUGAUGAGGUGGGACCGGCUGUGGCUGAAGAAUUGGCAAAUAUUACUAAUAAGGCUUUUUCAAAGCAACAUGCCAUUGAAAGUGUGAAGAAAAAGAAGGAAAUCCACAAGAGACCUAAAAAUUGUGAUAAGGUCUUGGUUCCUAGAGUGAAUAAAGAAAUUUGGAGACAAAUGACGAAACAAGGUUUCACUAAAAAACGUGAUUUGCGCUUAAUGAACAUUCAAAGUGCGAUCACAAAGAGUACAUGCGCCAUAUUAAGUGUCGCAGACAGUUUCCUCAAAGUUGAUGGAGAAAAACAUGACAAAGAGAUUAGGAAUUGUCUGGAUACCAUCUAUUUGCUUGGACAUGCAAACACAGCAAUGUCAAUGCAAAGAAGAGAACUGCUGAGACCAGUAUUGAAGAGUGAUUGUGCUGGUCUGUGUGACAGUAGCACACCGGUGACUUCUCUUCUUUUUGGAGAUGAUCUUCCAAAGUCAUUGAAAGAAGCCAGGCAGAUGGGAAAUGUCGGCCGUGAUUAUCCGUCAAAAAACGGGAGACGAUACGGGUUUCAUCAGAAACCCAAGAACGAAUAUUUCAAAGAAGACCCACAACAAGAAAUUCAAAAAAGAUUAAAUACUAAAGAAAGUAGCUCUGAAGAACCUUAUUUUGAGAAUGGCCUUCUAUUCCCCGAGCACUUUAACAGGACACCCUCUUUUUCCAUUACCAUCGUGGAUGUUCUGUCUCCUAUUGUGUUAUGCAAAACCCACAAACCACUGGAUGUUCUGUGGGACUGCGAUACAUCAAUAAAAAGUUCUGAACUUUAG